CUUGAACACUUGGUGGACACUCAUACGAUCACAUCUCAAACCGGGCCGUCAACGACUCCAUCAACAUGUCGAUUAAAACCGCCGAUAAGGCGGCUGUUGCUCCCCUCACUCCCACAUUCACCGCGACCGACUAUGCCAAGUUCUUUACUGCUGGCGCUUUGUGCUGCACUCUCUCCCAUGGAUUCAUGACACCCAUUGAUGUCGUCAAGACCCGUAUUCAGAUUGACCCCGGCCUUAAGGGCUACGGUCUCGUCUCCGGAGCACGCAAGAUUGUCGCUGCCGAAGGACCUAGAGGUCUCAUCGUGGGAGCAGGUCCUACGUUUGUAGGGUACUUCCUCCAAGGUGGUGCCAAGUUUGCCGGCUACGAGGCGGCGAAGAAGUACCUUGUCGACCUCUCCGGCUCGCGCGAGGCCGCGAUCCAGAACCGUACAGCCAUCUACCUGGGCGGCGCUGCGAUUGCCGAGUUCUUUGCAGACAUUCUGCUCACGCCCGCCGAGGCUACGCGCAUUCGCCUCGUCUCCAACCCAAAGUUCGCCUCGGGAAUGGUCCCAGCCUUCACCAAGAUCCUGAAGACAGAAGGCAUCGGCUCGUUGUAUGCCGGCUUCAUCCCCAUCCUGUGCAAACAGAUCCCCUACGCUAUCGGACAGUUCACGGUCAACGAGCGUUGCAUCGAGUACAUUUACGGGCGAAUGACCCCGUACCAGCGCGCCCACCUUACCAACACCCAGCACUUUGGCAUCACUCUCACCAGUGGUAUCAUCGCCGGUUUCGCCGCUGCCAUCCUCUCGCAUCCGGCUGACACGCUGCUGUCCCAGAUCAACAAGGGACAUGGGCCGGAGGGAUCGCAAGUGUCACGUCUCGUCUCACUGGCAAAGCAGGCGGGCUUCAAGGGCCUGUUCGCCGGCCUUGGGCCACGUAUGAUCAUGACUGCUGGCCUCGUGUCUUCCCAGUUCAUCAUGUACGGCUGGAUCAAGAAGGCACUUGGAGCGCCCCCGGGCAUCGAGAUCCACAAGGAGACCAAGGCGCCCAAGUAGGACAUUAUAGAGUAGAGAGUGUGAUUAGUUUGUCAUAUAGCCGGUUCUGUAUUGGAACGGUGAGGAGAGAUUCUUGGCUUGGCGCCGCUGAUCUGAUCUGAUGAUCAUCAGAUAAACCGAUGAUCACACGUGCGACGCCAAUCGUUGCUCGGCACGAUAGGUUCAUGAAGCUCCAUCCGGUAUCGGGGCAUUUGAGAGUAAUAGGGCUGAGGAGAAUGAUGCUUGGACGGUACUCGUAGUGGUGCGCUUGGUAUAGUAAAGGCCAAGUCGGAUGUGAACGUAUGCAUUGUGGGCAGAGGCAGGGGAAUCAACUCCAGAAUGCCCGUCGAGUCGGCCAGUUUACGCAC